CGGAAUAGGUAAACCGGAAAUCAAGACAUUUGUAAUCAAAGAAUGAAAAUAAUGUAAAACUUCAGAACAAUUUAGGAAUUUCACGGAGAGAAAUGGAGAUUAUAGUACUUUUCAUCAGUUUCGUUACAUGUGCAUUUGCAAUUGACCCAAAUGUUACGAUUAUUGAUGAAGCACCAAAAAUGGUGAUUGGUGUAAGUGGGAGGAAGGAAAUGAUAGCUACAAAAGACAAAGAUAUCUUCAUGACAUGUGUAGUACACAAUAAACCAGCUGAUAAAAAGGUUGAAUGGAGAGCUAUAGCUCCAGACAAUACAAAUAUUGAAAUCUCAGAAGAUCAAGAUUCAAAAGAUGCAUAUAGAUAUCAGAUUGAUCAACCUUCCGCUAUUUCAUGGAGGAUCAAAAUCCAGAACAUACAGAUUGCUGAUGAAAUGAGAUAUAUAUGCCAAGUAGAAAUUGGUCACCAAAAAUAUGCAACGGAGGAAAGAUAUAUUAGAGUUACAGAAAAACCUCAGAUUAUGGACUUGCUGACCAGCAGUAACCAGCUGGUAGAAGAAGGAGAUCGAGUCCAGCUUACCUGUAACUGUACAGGAUGGCCAAGGCCAAAUGUUAAAUGGUCAAAAGUUGCUGGUGGGUUGCUGCCAAGUGGAGGACAAGAGUAUGCUGGCUACACAUUAAAUAUUGGUACUUCUCGACCAGACCACAGAGGUUACUACAAAUGUACCUGUCAGAACAUGGUUGGGAAAGACAAUAGGAUUGUAUACUUGGGGAUUGUAUUCAAACCAACAAUUCAGGUUGGACAAAUGGAACCAGCUCAAGCCUAUGGGUACCAGAAAACAUUGGAAUGUGUUAUAGAAGCUUAUCCAGUGCCAUCAGAAGAUCAGAUCACAUGGACUCAUGAAAAUAUCCCGGUUUCAUCCAGUGCUAAAAUAAAGUACAUAGAAGGAGCCAUGAAUAGAGUCACCACCAAACUAACAAUAAAAGGUGUAGAUCCAAAUGCACUUGGUCUUUACACAUGUCAAGCCAGAAACAAUAAGGGAUCAACACAGGCAAAUAUAAAUUUGAAAUAUUCUAGCCAGCCAACACCAGAUAUAACUGGAGAAAUAAUAAGAAGUGGUGCCUCACUCAUUUCUAUAAUUACUAUAAUCUAAUAAAUGUAUAAGACAUGUA